AUGUAUUAAAUUUUCAGAACAAUGAAAAUGAUGAAAUAAAUAAUAAGGCCCAUUAGAAUGUGUACACCAAUAAUAGCAACAAAUAAUUAUUUGAAUAUAUACAAUCUGAAUCAAUUCUUUUUAAGAAUGUCAUUAGAAAAUAAUGAUGAUGAUUUAGAAACAAUUAAAGUAAAAGAAGAACUAAAUAUUCGUAGGUUAAUUAAGAAUCAGAUAUGAGGUGCCCUCAGAUGAUUGUUUGA